UGAAAAUGAAGUUAAUCUUAUGCAUAAAUACCAAGUUUGUAUAGAUCAAAAUGACUCGUGAGGCAAAAUGGCCCCAAGGGAGUUUCUUCCGCCGGCAGGGGGUUAUCUUCCCCAGUUCGUGGGCGAGGAUGCCCCUCACAAGAUUUUACAUUUAGUUUUAUACUAUCAAAGUUGUAGUCUGUAAUGAUUUAAUUACCCCCUAAACGUGUUUACUUAAGCAUACUUCUUGUGUACAUAGAACAUUGAUAUUCAGAUGUUAUGUAUUUUAAAAGAAAAAAGCUUAAAACUUAGGCUGUAUAAACAGUUGCUUGAUACCAGACAGAAUUUUAUAAACAGAGCUGUUGUAGUACAUUGAAGCUGGCUGCACGCCAUUAUGUUUACCCUCCUGCACUCUACCUCAUUGUGAGGAAAGAGUUUCAAAUUCAGCGGCCCAUGGGAGUAUAAACCUGUAAGCAGAUACACAUGAUUUGUCCACAUAAACUCACACUGCCUCUCAGUUAGAGCCUGCCCAUCCGCCCGCCUCCCUUGCACACCAGGAAUGUGAAAUGCACCUGAACUGGAUCUUGCAUGAGGAAGAAUGACUGCAGAAAGUCGCCAGCCCACCUGUUCCGGGACAGAAGUUUCCCUGCAAGGUGUACGUGUGACCAUGGAGGAAUGCUGCCUGUCUGCUGAAGAAAAUGAGAGGCUUAGGAUACACAGAGAGAUAGAGAGACAACUUCGUCGUGAUAAAAGAGAAUCUCACCGGGAGCUGAAGCUGCUGCUUUUAGGGACUGGUGAAAGUGGGAAGAGCACUUUCAUCAAACAGAUGAGGAUCAUCCAUGGCAGUGGAUACAGUGAAGCUGACAGGAAAGGUUUCACUCGGCUGGUGUUUCAGAACAUCGUCACAGCCAUCCAAGCUCUGAUCGACGCCAUGAAGACUCUACAGAUUGAUUACAUCGAUGACCAGAACAUUAGCCACGCAGAGAAGCUGAGCCAAGUGGAGGCAGACCAGGUGUCCACUUUGCAGUCCUGGCAGGUGGAAGCCAUUAAGAGAGUGUGGAAUGACCACGGUGUUCAAAGGUGCUACGAUCGCAGGAGGGAAUUCCAGUUAUCUGACUCUGCCAAAUAUUACUUUAGUGAUCUGGGCAGAAUCACAGACCCCCACUACAUCCCCACUCUGCAGGACAUCUUGAGGGUCAGGGUCCCCACCACUGGCAUCAUAGAGUACCCCUUUGACCUUUCAAAAGUUAUCUUCAGGAUGGUAGAUGUGGGUGGUCAGCGUUCAGAGAGGAAGAAAUGGAUUCACUGUUUUGAGAAUGUCACCUCUGUCAUAUUCCUGGCGGCCCUCAGCGAGUACGAUCAGGUCCUUUACGAGAGUAAGAAUGAUAAUCGACUGAGAGAGAGCGUCGCCUUGUUCAAGACCAUUCUCUCAUACCCGUGGUUCCAAGAGUCCUCCACCAUCCUCUUCCUCAACAAAACAGACCUGCUGAUGGAGAAAAUCAUGAAGUCUCAUUUGGCAGCCUACUUCCCGGCGUAUACUGGGCCUCGAUGUGAUGCCGAACCUGCGAAAAAGUUCAUCUUGCAAAUGUAUGUGGAGCAACACAGCGGGCGCCAUAAACCCCUUUACUCACACUUCACCUGUGCCACGGACACGGAGAAUAUCCGGAUUGUCUUCAAAGCCGUCAAAGAUACUCUCUUCAGAGAAAACCUUGAAAAGUUCAACCUGGAAUAGGCGAGGUUACUGGACAAAGUGACACUUUCACAUUUAGCGGCAAGAAAGCUGGUUACAGUCAAAUGUUGUGACACUUUUAUGGACUUUUUAUCUGUAAUGUGCUGUUGGUUGAAGCUGGUUCAAAAACAUCAAAGAGAGGCAAUCAGACAGCAGUGUCAGGUAAGGCACAUUUAUCUCAGUACUGUAGCAGACAGUACAAUAAGUGCCAUUUUUUUUGCAACAAUACAGUUCAUCGUGAAAUGUUAAAAAAACAAAACAAACACAUUUUGUUUCACUACCUGAGAGAAAACUGCAUUGUCAGUUAAUUGUUACACUGAACUGUUACAGGAAGGCAUUACUGUUUGACAGAGAAUCAGUAAAUGGUAUCAAACUGGUCUGACAAAGUUUUAUCUAGUAGGAAUGCAACCCAACCUGCCUUACAGCUCCGGGAGGAGGAAGUAAAAGAGUAGCCUGCAGGGAACUACAGUGCCUUAGUUUAUAUUUAUGUUAAUAUGUACAACAACAGCAAGAUUUUUUUUUAAACUAACUUUAAAAUACAGAUAUUAGAGUCACAUGUAAAUUGUGGGGUUUUUUUGGACAAACUGAGUUCUGCUGUGUUCCUUAUCUGUCAUGUCACUUACAGAGCUCUAUUUUAACAUUAAA